GGCAGCUCUCAGACCAGAUGGCAGGCUUUGCACCAAUUUACAAUCCAGUAGUCCCCUUCCAGAGUGCCAUACUUGGGGGGAUCUCAGAUGGAAAGAGAGUGACAAUCCAAGGACAAGUCCACAGCCAUGCUAAGAGAUGUGCCAUAGACUUUGUCUCUUUCAACAAUGACAUCGCAUUUCACUUCAACCCUCGUUUUGACGAAUGUGUCAUUGUGUGUAACACCAUGCAGAGCCACAGCUGGGGCGCUGAAGAGAGGAAGAACCAUAUGCCCUUCCAAAGGAAUGCAUUCUUUGAUAUCUCCAUUGCUGUGGUAGGACAUGCAUUUCAGGUCACAGCGAAUGGGCAGUUCCUGUUAGAAUAUCGGCACCGCAUGUCCUAUCAGAACAUCCAAUCCAUUAAAGUUAGUGGUGAUGUCAGCCUCUCCUGUGUCACCUUUCACCCAUCACCUGCGGAGAUGACUCCUGCACCACCGCCAUACACUCCAUAUGCAGCUCAGCCGGUGUUUUCAGCACACAUGGCUCAGCCGGUGUUUUCAGCACACAUGAUCCACGUCAAUCACGAUGGACAACGGCCGCCGACUCACCAAAAGAAAAAAUACAUGACGCAAGCCAACACGACCAAACCCGCUGAACUCUCCCCGCAAAAUGACAGCUCUGACCCGAAUGUCAACAAAGAGGUGGAUCAGCCGCAGAAAGGACCCACAGUUGUGCAUAAUCCGGUGAUGCCUUUUCAAGCUGCUUUUCCGAAAAGUAAUGCCAAUAACCGAUGCAUUGUAAUUACUGGAAUGGUGCAUUAUGGAGCAGACAGAUUCCAUGUCAACCUUCUGAAUAGCAGAACGAGAAAUAUUCACCUGCAAAUCAAUCCGCGCUUUAAUGAAGGUACAAUAGUAAGGAACACCCAGGACAGAGGCACUUGGGGUCCCGAAGAAAGGCAGCUCUCAUAUAUGCCAUUCUAUCAAGGGCAAAACUUUCAGAUGGAAAUCAGGAACGAAGGAGGAGUCCUGGGUAUCUACUCAAAUGGAGCAAAGCUUUUCAACUAUGUCCAUCGCCUGCCUUCCAACCAGAUCGACAUGAUGGAAAUCGGUGGAAAUAUCAACUUGACCUGUGUGCAGUACUGACCUCAUCCAAAUAAA